AUGGAUUACGAGAAGCAACCUAGUCGGGUUGAAAAAUCAUCAAUUAAUUCUUAUGAUGAUAUUGCUGCUUCGUCAGCAGAAGUUGAAUCUACUAAAGUUCAUUGGAUUAAUCGAUUUGCUCAUAAAUUAAAUGCAGAAACUAAAGGUAUUGAUAUUGUUUCAGAUGAUGAGAAAACAGAUACUUCAUUAUGGGGUGUUGGUACAAUGUGGUUUUCUGCUACUUGUGUUAUAGCUACAUUUGCUUUAGGUGCUUUAGGUAUAACAGUAUUUAAUUUGGCAUUUGGUCAAGCAGUUUUAGUUAUUAUAUUUUUUUCUGCAAUUGGUACUUUUCCCGUUGCUUUCUUUUCAUGUUUUGGUCCAAAAUUAGGAUUAAGACAAAUGAUAUUGUCAAGAUUUUUCGUUGGUGAUUUGGGUACUAGAAUUAUAAGUUUUAUUAAUGUUAUUGCAUGUGUUGGUUGGGGUGCUGUUAAUACUAUGUCUUCAGCUCAAUUAUUACAUAUUGUAAAUAAUGGAGCAUUACCACCUUGGGCUGGUUGUUUAAUUAUUGUUGUAUGUACUAUUAUAGUCACAUUUUUCGGUUAUAAUGUUAUACAUACUUAUGAAAAAUGGUCAUGGAUUCCAUCAUUAGUAGUUUUCAUUGUUAUAAUUGCUAGAUUUGCAAUGAGUGGUAAAUUCCAAUCUGAUCCUUUUGUAGGUGGUCAAACUACUGCUGGUGGUGUUUUAAGUUUUGGUGGUACAGUUUUUGGUUAUGCUUCAGGUUGGACUACUUAUGCUGCUGAUUAUACUGUUUAUCAACCAAGAAAUGUAAAUCAUUAUAAAAUAUUUUUCGGGGUUUUUGCUGGAUUAUUUUUACCAUUAUGUUUUGCUUUAAUUUUGGGAGCUGCUUGUGCUACUGGUACUUUAUCUGAUCCAUCAUGGAAACAAGCAUAUGAUGAUAAUUCAAUAGGUGGAUUAAUUUAUGCUAUAAUUGUACAAGAUUCUUUACAUGGUUUUGGACAAUUUUGUUGUGUUAUAUUAGCAUUGACAACAGUUGCUAAUAAUAUUCCAAAUAUGUAUUCAAUGUCAUUAUCUGCACAAACUGUAUGGAGUCCCCUCGCAAAAAUUCCAAGAGUUUUAUGGACUAUUGCAGGUAAUGGUGCUACUUUAGCUAUUUGUAUUCCUGCUUAUUAUAAAUUUGAAGCUGUUAUGGAAAAUUUUAUGAAUUUAAUUUCAUAUUAUCUUGGUAUUUAUGAAGCAAUGAUGUUUUCAUCUCAUUUUAUAUGGCAUAAGGGGAAAUUUUCAGCUUAUGAUUAUGAAAGAUAUAAUGAUAAACUAGCUUAUCCUCCUGGUAUUGCUGGUACUUUUGGAUUUUGUUGUGGUGUUGCUGGUGUUGUAUUAGGUAUGAAUCAAACAUGGUAUGCAGGGGUAGUUGGUCGUAAAAUUGGUGAUUUUGGUGGUGAUAUCGGAUUUGAAAUGGGUUUUGCAUUUGCCUUUGUAGGAUUUAAUGUUGCUAGAUAUUUCGAGAAGAAAUUUAUAAGGUGA